AUGCGCGCAUACUACUUCGACCCCACCGCCCCCGGCGACCAGCGCUUCCCGCACGACUCCGGCCGCCCCGUCUCCCUCGCCCAGCUCGAGUCCAUCGGCGCCGCGUACUGGCAGAUCCCUGUGACCGACGACGGGAGCUGGGAGGAGAAGAUUAAUGAGGUGGCAAGGGAGAGGGGAUACAAGAACCGCGACGUGAUCAAUGUGAGCAGGGAGGGGCUGGGCGAGGCGUAUGAGAGCAAGCUGAAGAUUUUCUUCGAGGAGCACAUGCACGAAGACGAAGAGAUCCGGUACAUCCUCUCCGGCUCGGGCUUCUUCGACCUGCGCGAGCACAGCGGGCCGGACGAGGAGUGGAUCCGCGUGCACGUUACGCCGGGCGAUUUGCUCGUUGUGCCGGCGGGGAUAUACCAUCGGUUUACGCUGGACGAGGGGGACAGGAUUAAGGCUAUGCGGCUGUUCAAGGAGGAACCGAAGUGGACGCCGCACAACCGAAGCCAGGAGACGGACCAGAACCCGUUCAGGCUGGGCUACCUCGAGUCGCUCAAGGGCGGCGCUAUAUCCGUCGCCUAA